AUGAGCAAAAAGUUCAAAUCGCAGGCUUCGAGCAGCCGUGCUGCUGCCAGUGCGUUUGGGUCUUUUGGGGGAUUCUCAAGUGCCUUUUCGAGUCCCGGAAGAGCACCAUCCUCUCUCACAUAUGUGACUGAGCCGCCAGAUCUUUCACGGAUUGCUGAUGCGCAAUUAGCCAUCUCUUUCAAGAACUUUCUGAAGAAGGAUGAAGUUACGAGGAUACGGUCGUUAGAUGAAAUUAAAGAUUUUGUAUCUAAGGUGGAGAGCCGCGGUGGCACUCUCGACGAGGGAUUCCUAGAUGCCUGGAUAAAAAUCUAUCCCCGGGCGUCAAUCGACCUUAGUCGUAGGGUAAGGCAAACAGCCCACUCAGUUCAAGGAUCUAUUGCCUACCUUAUUGGAAAGCGCAUUGCCCCCUUCUUACCCAAGGUAGUUGGCGCGUGGCUAGCAGGAGUCUAUGAUAAUGAUCGGCCGGUGCAUCUUUCAGCGCUUGAGUCGUUCACACGGGUGUUUUCCACCGAUCAAAAGAGGAGCGGGGUGUGGAAAGUCUACCAGAGCUCGAUCCUUGAGUUUGUAGAUGAUGUUAUUCUCCAACAGACUCCUCAGACUUUGAGUGACGAGAGAACGGUUAAACCUGACGAUGCGGAAGCGAAAUAUGCUCGUGUAGUAGGGACGGCUCUCAUGUUGUUCAAUCGGAUUUUAGCAAAUUCGACUCACGAAGAUCUCCAGAAGGAUUUGUCAACCGUCGAGACUCUCUUGCAGAGCAAAACGCUAUGGUCUCUCUGCUUUCAUGAUGACCCCUUUGUGCGCAAGUCUGUAUAUGUGUUACUCCGGUCUGCAGUCUCAAAAGAACCCGAGGAGUUGGAUUGGAAAAUCCUCAGUGCGGCUCUAAUUGGCAAAUCGUUGUCCACCCCUCAAUUGGGAUCGGGAUCAGAGUUGUCUGAGACUUUACUGCAAGUGACAUCGGCACGACCACAAUUAUGGACAGAAGAUUACUCCGGGAAGACCACUUCGUCUAAGAGGUUGCUCCAAUAUAUCCAAAAAGGCUCUCAAGGAGGCACGGCCUCUUUCUGGGCGAACCUCUCCCAAUUACUGCAAAUUCUACCCUCAGAAGUUUUGGCGAGAGCCGAUCCUCAGGCUCCUGGCGAAGGUAAUAUCGGACUGUCCAGUUCGAUCUCACUGUCGGAGGCAUUCCAGGCUGGUUUGAAUUCAAGGGAAGAACCUCGACAAAAUCAUCCAGCUGGCUGGAAAUCUUAUGUUGAGACGGGAAUAUGGCUCGCACAUUCACUACCCGAGAUCGACAGAGACAAAUUUCUUUGCGCAAGGUUAUCUCCUUUGGUCCUGCAAUAUGUGAGAGUUGAGCAGGAUGUGCCCCAAUGGUCUCUUCCAGUUCAAGCAGCUGAAGCUAUUUGUACCGAGUACAUUCUUGCUCUGGCUAAGUAUCUAUACGAAGGGGAAGUACGACGGCUAUGGACGGACUUGACCGAUGGGCUACUUGAAGCUGUCAAACUGUCAGCUCCCGAGCAGUCGAAAGAGUUCAGGUCUUCGCAGGACGCUGUAUGCGCGCGAUCUGGCCGACUUUUUGCUUUGGAGGCUUCGGUUCUUGCGAGUGUAGCUGAUAGCGACUGUAGAGCUCUGCUGUCGAGGGUUUUCGAAGAAACAAACUUGCCACUGCUGGACGGUUGCUUGCAAGUUCUACAAUCCCGAAAUGGCAAGCCGUAUGCAGCAGCUGCUGUUGUUGAAGAAAUGAUACGCAACGUUGCAGACAUCGCACGGCAGUCUCGUGACUUGCCAGAAUUUGUUCAAAACGAGGCGUCCAAUCUUUUGGCCUCCCCAUCAGCGGAUCGUCUCAUCUCGAUCAUCUUAUCUUGCCGCUCCUGGGACGGGUUCGGUUCCAGCUUCGAGAAAGUAGUCGAGCGGGUAGCGGAUUCUGAUCUACAGCAGUCAAAUGUACAAGCUGUCCAGAAACUACUGUCAACUCUCGAUUUCGCAGAAGUGCGUGAUAACAAAGGUCUUGAUUCCUUGAUCAAACAAGCAUUGGACCAGGCCUGCAGAGGCAGCCGUUUCCACUGGCCAAUCGUGAUCGCAGCACUACAAAAUCAAUCUACCCAAGGCGAAUUGGUUGAUUCAAUUUUUCUUUCUAUCAUCAAUACUUUAUCUGACAAAAACAAGCUUUCCGAUGCCCUGUUUGGACUCUCUCAGAUUGCCGACUCUGUCCCGGAUGCGAUCAGAGGAUUCCAGAGCGGAGCAUAUGGGUCAAAGCUAGCUGCAAAGCUCCUGUUCCUGACAGAAUCUUCUGAUGAAGAAGUGGCAAGUCUUGCAGAAUCACUCAUAGUGAGACUCAAGGAAAUUGCAAUCGGUGAGACAAGUGCCAAGUCGAGUGUCGAAAUUUUGCAGCAUAACUUCGACCAUGUCAAUGCGGAAUCGCUCUCGCUUGGGUCCUUACUCAGCAUAGCAGAGGACCUCCUUCAGGCUGUUGACUUCGAGGAUAUUGGCUCAAUCGCCAAAGAUAUUUUACCUUCUCGUCAAUCCUGGGAGAGAGCCAUACAGCCGUUCCUAGAUCUUCCUCCCCGCUCAUCAACGGCUAUCACAAACCCACUCGGCGGAACAUUGUAUUUAGUUCACCGGGAUUUAUCAGACACAUUCAAGGAACAGUAUCGCAGUAUCCCUCGUGAUGCCGGUAAUUGUUCAUCUGCAUUUCGACUCGCAUAUUUUACUGUUCGAAUUCUGUCCUCCUUCGACAUAGUGAGCAAGCUUUCGGCAGUAGAGCUGGAGACAAUAGCCUACUUUAUGCCACUGGUUGUGCAAUUGAUUGAUGAUGAUUUGAGUAUUGAGAAUUGCAACGGUAUCACUGGGCUAUCGCAUUCAGAUCAACGAGACGAAUACAUGGAGCUCGUCCAUGAUGGCCGGAAGAUGAUCAGCCAGUGGGCGCGCUCGGAAAUCCAAUCCUUUGGGACGGAAGAGAGCAUUUCGUCCAUCAUUCUUUCGUUCUGGCAAGGCAGACUAGAAGCGUUGGGUAGUACCUCUCCGGCAGACUAUCGCAUUGGAGAAGCAUUUGUGAAGUUGAUGAAUAGCGUCGAUUCACCUGGCAGGAAUAAAUCCCCUGAAGAUAUUACCAAGUUGUGCAGGGAAAUGCGAACAGCGAACGCCAUCAAAUCAGCGGCUUGGGUGGCUGUCCUGCGAGACUCGAUAUUGACCAGCCCAACAGGCAUCCGGCUUUGCAACGAAUUAGUUGCAGAUUCUACCGGUCUUAAGCCGCAAGAUGAGAAAAAGGACGGAAUUCGAAAGCUGUCCAUACUCAACCUUCUUCUGGCAGGAGAAGUUGAUGUUGCAGGGACUUUUCCCACUCAGCGUUUGGUCUUCCUUGUCAAGCAUCUCGUAAGGUGUCUCCAGUCUGAGGAGUUGCCACUCAGUCUCAAAGCAGAAAUCAUCCGUACCUUGACCUUCGUCCUUCCCCAUUUGAAUGAGAUUUAUGGAUCCCACUGGGAAGACUGCAUCGAUGUUCUGUGCGCGAUAUGGCACGAAGUCAACGGUGGGGACGAUGCUCUACCCCUCAUCCUCUCUUCCUUCAGACUGUUUGCAGCUCUCAGGUCAAUAGUCGCGGAUGAAGACAGCAACGAUGAAGUGAAAGAUGUCUGGUCGGAGCGAAAGACGGAGCUUUUCAACAAUCUAGUCUCGACUCUCGGAAAGCUCGAUCAUUCUACCACUUUUCAUCAGCCACGGGAUAUCACCGCCGAAGUUCUAUGCCGCCUGAUCGAAGUUAUUCCCGCCGAAAGUCUUGAAGACGUGAACAAGAUGUUUUACCUCCUGACUGCAAACAGUCGGGCUGUCCAAAAAGCAGCCUAUACGCUUCUUCAUCGUUAUAUCCCUUCAACACAGGAGCAAGUGUCUUUCGACGUGGCUUUAUCCAACUCGGUGGCAAGACUUCCUGACGAGCUCAUGUCUUUGCUUCUGGAAGCGCCUACAAAAGAAUCAAUCGCUCUUGCCGAAGACGACGAUAGGACAUGGACUGGUAUCAGGUCAUAUCUCCUGAGCUGGAACGUGGUAUUUGACCACUUUGUCAAUGCGUCUCUCACGGUACAAGAACAAUAUGUUUCCGGCAUCAAAGAAAAUGAUAGCCUGGGUCCAUUGUUGGAAUUCAUGUUUGAUUUGCUUCAGCAAUCCCAGGGAAAACUUGUCGAUGCCUCGAAGUUUGACAUUCGCUCCUUUGAGCUCGAUGAGUCAGAAACUCAUGAGAAAGAGAUACAGUGGCUCCUCGUCCACUUGUACUUCUUGUGCUUGAAGCAUCUUGGCAAUUUGACUAAGAGCUGGUGGCUUGAUACAACGAACCGCAUCAAAGGCCCUGUGGAGGCGUGGUCCGAGAAAUUUGUCUCGCCUCUGAUCAUUGAGGACUCACUCAAGGGAGUGGACGAAUGGAUAGCAACCCAGGACCCGAAUGAGGAACGCGCUCUGUCAGUGAAGAUCGCCCCCAGGACAGCGGAGAUCAUUGCCAGCAUUCCCGUCGACGAGGAUUCGCCCCCCGUCGCAAUCUCGAUCUCUCUCCCGCCCGCAUAUCCUCUGCAGCCGGCCCUUGUCGUAGGACGGAGCCGGGUGCUAGUCGAUGAAAGGAAGUGGAGAAGCUGGCUUCUCACCAUCCAGGGUGUGAUCAUGUUCUCCAACGGUAAUCUUGUGGAUGGUCUGAUGGCAUUCCGCAAGAAUGUGCAGGGCGCAUUGAAGGGUCAGAGCGAGUGUGCCAUCUGCUACUCGGUAAUCUCGACGGACAUGCAGACUCCGAACAAGCGAUGCGCCACCUGCAAGAACACCUUCCACUCGGUGUGUUUGUUCCGGUGGUUCAAGAGCAGUAACCAGAGCACCUGUCCUCUGUGCCGGAACAACUUUGUAUAUGUAUGA